GUGGGCAGAAACCAAGGCAGAGUGCAAGUCUGAACCAACAGUACAACGCCGGAAAUGCUGCCAGUACUGUACAAAGAACUAUUGGUUAUUAAUCUUUACUGUAAUCGAGGUUGUGGGCAUCCAUUUAAAUAAAUUCCAUAAUGGUUCUGUGCUGUGAUUUUAAACAAAUGUUAUUCUGGACGUGUUUCAUUGGUUUUACUAUCAUCUGGACUUCUCAGUGGCAUUCAGGUUUUCCAUUGCCCCUUCUUGCACCUCAAAAUGUGACUAUAGUGUCACGGAACUUCAGUGUGUUUGCCACGUGGCUUCCCGCUGAUGGUAUGCCUGCAGGAACAUUGUACGAUGUAAAUAUAAGAAAUGAGACAUUGAUGUGGAAGCCGAUUACUUCAUGUACAAAUAUUUCAGCAAAGGAAUGCAACAUAACAUGUCAUAUAGACGAUUGUUACCACAAACAUGAGGUCGAAGUUAGAGCCUCUGCAGAUGGAAAUCAUUCUUCAUGGACAAAGUCGAACAGUUUUACUCUGUUUUUUGAUGUGGACUUUGGUCCUCCUGUGUUUAAGCUAGAAGCAAAUAAUGGAGUGCUUCAUAUAACACCCAGUGUUAAUGAACCACAGUGCAUAUCCAAGUAUAUACAUUCUUGUUUUGAGGAUGUAACAUUUGAUCUGCUGGUGAAAGAUCAUGAUAAAGAGGCUUCGUAUAAAGGGAUUGAAAAAACUCUGGAAAUUAACGAGACGAAACUGCUUGGCAAUGUCUGUGUUAUUGCAAAGAGUUUCCAUUUUACAUCUAAUAAAAGCAGCUUGAUUUCUGAACCAAAAUGCCAUUUUAUACAUAAGGAAGGGCUGAGAAACUGGUACAGUAUUUUAACAGCCAGUCUGGUAAUUAUCGCCAUUAUUGCUAUCACAGUGUUUACAGUCCAUUAUAAAAGUGCAUUUGUGAAAAGGCUCCCCAAAUUAUUGGAUUUCUCCAGCUACAUGCCAGCUGAGGAACCAGUAGCCAGCGAAUUUCUUGAUCCAGGCAAAAAACUGAGCAUUCUCACAGUUCUUCCACAAUUUGAAGAGGAAGGACAACACAACAAACAAAGGACCAUAGUUAGCAACACUGACAUGAAUGCUGGUCAGCAAAUAACUGCUUCAGAUGCUCAGGCUCUUCUGGAGAUUUCUGAGGAUGACAGUGGUGGUGGGUAUACUGAAAAGAACACAAUUAAAGCUGGAAGUACUCAGUUCAUGUUACUUUGCAAUAAAAACCCAGAGCAUGAAAUAACAUUACAUUGCAAAAACUUGGCAUCAGUUUCUGAGCUAGAUCCAUUUCAAUGUUCCAUAACAGAUCUCUCGCAAGAACAGCAGCAUUUAUUUAUCGAAGGUAUACUGAACAGAACUUGUCUAAACCCUCAGCCUCCUUCAGAAAAUCCAUUACAACAGGCUGUCAACUCUUACAAAAGAGUGAGAUCUCCAUCUACUGAUCCCUAUUGUGAAAGUUAUGAAGAAGCUAAUGAAAUACAUUCUGUUGACACUUUAGAUUUAUUAAAUUACACUAAAAUAACUGAACAUAAGUGUUUGCCAAAAGACGCAUUCCAUGAAUGUCAUAUUAGUAAUUCCAGACAGCUGAUGUCUCAUUCUAUGUUAGAGAGACAAUUACAUGACAGUUUUACAGAGCCAGAUAGCCAAGCAAAAAACUUGCAUGAUUGUGGCCUUCAGGCUUAUAAAUACACUGCUUGUACUGCAGGUUCAGAUAGUCCAUUUGAGAAGCCAAGCAAUGUACGUUAUAUUAAACGAACAGCUCAAAGUGAACAUUGUUCUCCAGAAGGACAUGGUGAAGACAACGCAGACUUUGAAUUAGAAGCCAGUGGUGGUUUGUAUGAUGGGUGCAAACAUGUUCAAAAUGACACAACACAAACCGAACAUUCAACUCCAAGAGCAGGUUGUUCUAAACUACAUGGAAGUCUAGGAGAAGAUAUUCAAAACUGUGAAUGUUGUGUAAUUGCAAAUUGUCAGACCAAAUGUUUAGAAGACCAAAGAAUGGAAAAUGUAAAGACAUACCAAGCUAAUGCAGCACACAGCUGUCAUAUUUUGAAAAGAAACCUAGAUUAUGAUAAAAGUGACAAUCUUUUAUCUUCACUUUCCACAAAAUCUGAUAGCAGCUCCGAUUCUGAUAUCCCUUUGUCCUCAAUUAUUCUUUGUGGAGAUGAGGAAUGCUGGUUAUCCUAAGGGACAAAUUGUAGUGCAUAACAAGUAACUUAUACUGUUUUUUUUCAGCAAUCUGUUAGACUGGUUUCAAACAGUACAUCGUUUAAUGGCAGUGUCAUAGCUGGGAAGAUAUAUAAUGGUAUAAAACAAAAUAUUUUAAUUUA